AUGAUUAAAUACAUCAAAGGUGAUCUAUUCACACAUACUCCUUCUAGUCGUUCUGGAAUUUCAAUUUUUGCUCAUGCUUGUAAUUGUCGUGGUUCAUGGGGUGGAGGGAUUGCUACUGUCUUUUAUCGAAAAUUCCCAUCUGCCUUCAAAAUAUAUGCAAAUUACUGUAACCAAUAUUCAGAUGACCCAUCCAAGCUAUUAGGAACAACCCUAUUGAUUCCUUCGAGUUCUAGUGAUCCUGGAAAUGAGAAUGGACAAAAAACAGUGUAUGUAGCAUGUCUUUUUACCAGUGAUUAUUAUGGUAAGAAGAAGUUAACCCCCAGUGAUAUAGCUGCCAAUACUGAUUUAUCAAUGAAGGAUUUGAGCACUCAAUUAGAACUACUUAAGAAGGAAAAAGAAAUUGAAUCUACUGAAAAAGGUGAACUAGUUGUCAAUAUGCCAAAAAUCAAUGCUGGCCUUUUCGCUGUCCCUUGGGAGAAUACAGAAGAAGUAUUACGUAAAUUCGACAACCUCCAUAUCAAUGUAUAUGUGGUAGAUUAA